CCCCCCAGGGCGGGGAGGAGGAGGACGGCCGGACAGGGCCAGCCUACUGUCCGCCUGCCGCCCGCCGUGGCGUGAAGGAGCUCCUGUGUGCCCACGGUCACCACUGCCCCACCUGGGCUGCCGGAGCUUUCCCCCGGAUCCCUGGUGCCCACUGUCCACCCUCAUCCGGCGUGAGAGCUCUCCUUCCGCUCCGUCCUCGCCCAACCUCGGAGGAUCCCCAUUUCCGGCCAAGCAAACUGAGGCCUGCGGUGGAGGAAGGGUCCGGCCCAGGUCUCCCCGCUGGGUGCUGCUGGUCGCUCUCGCAGCGCUGAGGCACGCGCUUCGCCGGCGCCACGUCGGUUCCUCCGGUGCCCGUUCCCGGGGAGGCCCAUUCAUCAUCACCACUUCGCAGAUGAGCAGACUGAGGGCGGACGCCGCGGGCAUGGACUAUUCGUACGACGAGGACCUGGAUGAGCUGUGCCCCGUGUGCGGGGACAAGGUGUCGGGCUACCACUACGGGCUGCUCACGUGCGAGAGCUGCAAGGGCUUCUUCAAGCGCACGGUGCAGAACAACAAGCACUACACGUGCACGGAGAGCCAGAGCUGCAAGAUCGACAAGACGCAGCGCAAGCGCUGUCCCUUCUGCCGCUUCCAGAAGUGCCUGACAGUGGGGAUGCGCCUGGAAGCUGUGCGUGCUGACCGCAUGCGGGGUGGCCGGAACAAAUUCGGGCCCAUGUACAAACGGGACCGUGCCCUGAAGCAGCAGAAGAAGGCACAGAUUCGAGCCAAUGGCUUCAAGCUGGAGACGGGUCCUCCGAUGGGGGUGCCUCCCCCACCGCCUCCCCCGCCGGACUACAUGCUGCCCCCCGGCCUGCACGCGCCUGAGCCCAAGGGCCUGGCCUCUGGUCCACCUGCUGGGCCGCUGGGCGACUUUGGAGCUCCAGCAUUGCCCAUGGCUGUGCCCAGCGCCCACGGGCCUCUGGCCGGUUACCUCUAUCCCAGCUUCCCUGGCCGUGCCAUCAAGUCUGAGUACCCAGAGCCCUAUGCCAGUCCCCCGCAGCCGGGGCCGCCCUAUGGCUACCCAGAGCCCUUCUCCGGAGGGCCGGGCGUGCCCGAGCUCAUCCUGCAGCUGCUGCAGCUGGAGCCAGAUGAGGACCAGGUGCGGGCGCGCAUUGUGGGCUGUCUGCAGGAACCAGCCAAAGGCCGCCCUGACCAGCCUGCACCUUUCAGCCUCCUGUGCCGGAUGGCUGACCAGACCUUCAUCUCCAUCGUGGACUGGGCACGCAGGUGCAUGGUCUUCAAAGAGCUAGAGGUGGCUGACCAGAUGACACUGCUGCAGAACUGCUGGAGUGAGCUGCUGGUGUUUGACCACAUCUACCGCCAGAUCCAACAUGGCAAGGAUGGCAGCAUCCUGCUGGUCACCGGGCAGGAGGUGGAGAUGAGCACGGUGGCGGCCCAGGCGGGCUCCCUGCUGCACAGCCUGGUCCUGCGGGCGCAGGAGCUGGUGCUGCAGCUGCACGCUCUGCAGCUGGACCGCCAGGAGUUUGUCUGCCUCAAAUUCCUCAUCCUCUUCAGCCUCGACGUGAAGUUCCUGAAUAACCACAGCCUGGUAAAAGAUGCUCAGGAGAAGGCCAAUGCCGCCUUGCUUGAUUACACCCUGUGCCACUACCCGCAUUGCGGGGACAAGUUCCAGCAGCUGCUGCUGUGCCUGGUGGAGGUGCGGGCACUGAGCAUGCAGGCCAAGGAAUACCUGUACCACAAGCAUCUGGGCAACGAGAUGCCCCGCAACAACCUGCUCAUCGAGAUGCUGCAAGCCAAGCAGACUUGAGCCUGGGCUGGGUGGGGCCGGGACCGGGGCCAGGGUGGGGGUUGCAGCCACCCCCAAGGCCCUCCAGAUGUUUGAUUUUAUUAUGCCGAUCCAGGAGCCCCACCCUGUAAGCCCCUGCCCCUGAGCUGUCUGAAGCCCUGUGUUUGGGAAGGUGGGUGAGGGUGGACAGGGCCUGGCUGAGGGAGGGUGGCCCCACUGGCACUUGCUUGCUACUCAGAGUGCCCCAAGAAGGCGGCUGCUAACCAUCCCCUCCCCCUCCCCUUGCACCCAGCUGUCUGUCCUGGAGUCUGGAGCACAUAUCCAGGGAGGAGGUUCGGGAUUCCCUGGUGGGCCUCAAUGUCCCUCAGGUCAGAAGUUGUCUCUCCCCUCUCCGGGAAACAGAAGCAGAGAGGCUGAGCGGGCAUCAACUGGGGGAGGAGAGGGGGUCUCCGGAACCCCCUCCCAGAGACCAGGAGGGAAGCCCUCUGUUUUGUUAACUAGGGGUAACUGAGUUUGCAAAAUUGAUCAUGCACUGUGGGUCCCAGAGGACACUGGGGGGAGGGUUAGGACAAAGACCUCCCCCAGCCCUUCUACCCCAUCUGACUUGUGCAGGGGAGAACUCUGACAUGCUAUCUGAAAAGAAUCUCACUGCAAUCAGCUUUCUAUCCCUCUCCCACCAGGGAGCUAGAACAUUCUAGCCGCACCCACAGUCGGCCAGCCCAGGCUGGUAGUAUCUGCAAGGCUGUAGUCAAGAGGUUUGUGGGUUUGUGGGGUUUGUUUUUUAAUCUAGUAAUCUAGAUACUUUCUGAAAGGUGUAUAUGUGGGGGGAGGGGCAGGGGAUGGAUUUGAGGAUUGAGGCUGGGACUUGGGGCUUAGCACCAGGUACAGCCCAUGGUUUCUCACCAAACACCUGCAUGCCAAGUACCCCAAGGGUGGUGCUGGACCAUUGUUUCAAUCCAGAGAAGAGUUGUUGAUUACCCCUCCUUAAAGGAAUAGCAGGGUGCCCUGCUGGUCUGAGAGUCUCUGUGUGUGGGAGUAUGGGUGACCUUGAGGAGGGUGUAUGGGGUCUCCAGAUGGGGGAGAUUGCUGAGAGGCCCCUCCCUCAUUAGCCCGGUCCCCUUGGGUUCCUGGCUGCAAAGCUUGGAAGCUGGGUUUCAGCUCCCUGGUCUCCUCUGCCCCGUGUCCUGAAAAACACGUUCCAGGCCCAGGCACUAGGGAGGGGCCUUGGCUGUCCUUUCUCCCCUGGCCUGGGCGUUCCUGUCUCUCCUGCUUUCACGUUGCCAUUACAGCUUGUGCUGAGCCUGUCCAGUUGGAGGUGACUGGGCAUCCAUGCCUCCUUGCCUUCCAGCACCCUGUCUCGGUCCCCACCCCUGCCCUCUGAAGUGUGUGCCCCUGCCAAGGCCAGAGGCCCAUGACCCCAAAAUGAGAAGUGCCCUUAAGAAUCUCCCAGCCCCUGCAGCCCUAGAAUAAAUUUUGCAAUUAGUUUCCAGCUA